GAGAUCCUGAUGGUGUCCAUGGCUCCACCAGAAGGGGAGGAGGAGAGAUCACAAGCCUACUAUGUCAUCAAGGCUGCCCAGGACAAGGAAGAGUUGCAGCGAGAGGGCGAUGAGCUUGAUGCACAAAUCAGGAAGGCCGAGAAAGAGAUCCGAGCUCUAGAGAACACUCUCAAACUGAUGAACAGCCGGAACGAAACAUACAGGAAGAGCUUCAACAAGAUCACAGAGACAAGUGAUGAGAUGGAGGAGAAGCAGCAGCUGGAGGAGCAGAUGCGGGCUGUGAUGGACAAGUACAAGUACAAGAGGAGGCAGAUCCGGGAGCUCCAGGACGACCUACAGACAAUGAGCAACACUCUGGACAAUCUUGCACGAGAUGAAGAUGCAUAUGUUGAUAUGAUUGAGGACAAGAAGAAUAGAAUUCUCCAACUGACCAAAGACCUUGAAGUCCAGAGAACAAAACUGGAGAGAGUUUCAAAACAGAAUGCCAAAUAUGCAAGAGAGGUCCGUUCUGCCAAAAAGAGCAAGGGUGAAACCCCAGAAGAGCGUGACUUUGAAGUCCGUGAGAUGCGUGAAUUCAACAAGAAUGUUAUGAAGGGUGUCUCAGAUGUUGUACAGGUCCACUCGGAGCUGAAUGAAGCUGUCAACAUGUACUUCUCUCAGGCUAACCUGCCACCCCCUACACCAAGCGGCCACCGUCCAGGCAGUUCUCGCAGCAGCCUGUCCUCAGCCCGCAGCUCUGUGUCCAGCAUCAAGAGCAUCCAGUCAACCCGCAGCAGACCUGCCUCCAUACAGAUCGGGGCGGACUUUGAAGGUCCUGGAUCUCCAGGCAGUGCCCGCAGCGGCAGCUCCAUCGCCAGUGUACGCAGCGACCGCAGCCGUACCAGCGUCACCGGCCCCAAGUAACAGACCACCUGCAUUCCCUCCAGCCAUCUGUGAUAUGUCUUUCAGAAGAUCUUUUAAUAUAGUACUUAUACUUAAGUUUAUUUCAUUGAAGGAACAUUCCAAUUUAUUCUGUUUUUAAAUCAUUACUUGUGUAAUAGGAGGAUUCAAGAGUUCUCAAAAUUAAUGCUUAGAAUUUAAGUACGUUUAUCCUCCUGAGGAGAAAAAUGAAGAUUACCUCUUGCAGGGAACAUAUUCAUUUACUUGUAUUUUUAUGUCAAGUACAAAAGUUCAUCACCUGUAAGCCAGGUGUUUUAAGCUUUCACUUGUUUCCUUUUUGUUUUUCUUCUUUAUUAAUGAAAUAUCACCCAAUGCUUUUUCUCACAGCAUGACUGGGCUUGUUUCA